AUGGCCAUACGCCUCAGCCUGAAGGACCACAUCUCUUCGCCUCUCGAGGCCGGCACACCGCUUGUCGAUGGCUCCUACCUGCCCGGCCGCCUCAGCGAGGCUCUAGAAUAUGCCUCCAAGAGGCUGGCGAGGAAGUCAGUGUCGCCCGUCACUCUUAUCGCCGUCCGGAGGGAUAACCAGCUUCCCACGUCGCCGCUCGCCUCCCCGGCCUCACCUCCAGUGCCGGCACUCGCCUCCGUCUCCAACACUCCAGCACGGCCUAACUUUGCCGUGUCACGGCUCAGCAGCAUCAGGCAUCUCGUCCGCUCCACCAGCUCGGCAUCUCACGCCUCGGAUGGCCAGAUAAAGGAGAGGAUAGUUCAUAUCCACCACGACCACCACCUCUUCCGCAAUGGCACCAUCUCGCCCGCCUUCAGUGAGGCUUCCAUGGCUUCAGCCUCGACAGCCUCAACUAACUUCACCUCGGACUCGAUAUUCAGCCACCGGCUCCGCUGGCCCACCAGCCCAAGGCCCCUUAGCAGCAUGCCCAUGACUCCCGCCACCCCGUUUACAGCCCUGUCGUCCCCAGCAACAGCAACUUCUUUCACGGGCAGUAUGGCGUCUGGGGCCCUGCUGCGGCAUCCCAAUCGGUUUGGGUUCAGGCUCGCCCAUGUCGGCCCCCUGACUGCACGUGACGAGAAGAUACUGGCCCAGACAAUCGACAAGGCCGCGCGCAAGUUCAAGAUUGGAGCCGACUGGCUUCCACCUGUCGUCUCGCCAGCUGCCUUGGGCCUGUCGACCGACCUUGUACAGCGAUCCGUAGUACAGAACGAGAGACUCUACGCCUCUGAGCCCCUGGUCCUUCUCUCACUAGAUCACUUGUACACCUUUCGCACGGCCCUCCAGUCAUAUGCCCGAACGCAAGCGUCGUCCCGCCUGGAAGAUGCGGUGGACGAGCUCCGGCGCUUGAUCUUGGCCAACGGCCGCCAGAGGCUGCGGAAGAGCGACCUCUUGGCGGCAUACCGGUGGAUGGAGCCGGUCAGCGACGCAGCCCUCUCCGACGUGUGCCGCAUGUACAGCCGUGCAUACGGCGGACUCGAGCAAGAGAGCGGGCUUGAAAACGACGUCGAUGCCGUUGCUCCUGCUACUCGUGCUAGCAUCAGAACUAGCGAACAGCUGCCCCCGCAUCCCGAGCCAGCCAGCAGAGACGAGGUGCACGACGACACACCGAUCCCGUCCCCGGACACUCCCCAGAUGGCCUGCGUCGCGACCCCUUUGUUUGAGACCUGGGCCCCCGAGGAGAAGGAGAUUUCGGUCAAGUGCCUGGAUGUAACCGCUGAAGACUUGGAGCUGGAUGCCAUUGAGGCCUGGUACCGAAACGUCCAGAUCAAUGUCAACACCACCGACACCGACAGCGCCACCGACAUCGACAUAUCGAGCUCGCACAGCGUUUCGCGCAGUAGCUCCCUGGCCCGAUCCGUCGUGGUCGAGAUUGCUCCGCCAAUGAGCAUCGAAAACGCCCAGCUGGAGGCUCUUCGGCGCGCAACUCCCAAGCUUGCAGCCGCACCGCCGGGGAGGAACAUUUCCCUCAAGUUGCAGACAAAAUUCGACAAACCAGUGCCGAAACGCCACGCCGCCCCGCUUUCCCCUUUACGGCGUGAGAUGAAAGCACUCAUGGGAAGGCCCGAGCAGAAGCCGCCGCCGCCGCAGCAGCAGCAGCAGCAGCAGCAGCAUCAGCACAUCAUGCUGGCGCCAGGAACCAGCAGCAGCCCCAGCAUCGCCGUGAUUUCCGCCGCUGCCGACGACUACAACGGCGGCGACCGGACGGCGCGGCCCUCGAGCGCCGCGACGGCGGCGUCGCACUGGAGCUUCUCCAUCGACGGCAUCCUCAGCGGGUCGACCCCCAUCUCCACGCCCCUCUCCAGCCGGUUCUACGACGCCUCGCCCACCAGCGCGGCCACCACCACCCACCUCCGCGUCGGGCCUAUAACCCCAAAUUGUUACGACGACAUCUCGCCCAUCACCCGCGGCGAGUGGGGCAUGCUGAUGGGCGGCGAGUGGAACAACGGCAAGCGGGCGCCUGUCGAGACGUGCUUGCAGCGGGGGUGA